UACAACACGAACAGUCCGGUCCGGAGGAACAAUCCAAUCCAAUUCGAUCCACAACGAAAGCAUGGCACAUGGCAUGGCAGAUGUUUAGUUUUUGCACGUGGAGUUAGUUCUGUGUUUGAACUCAACAACUUGACUUUUAGCACCAUGAAGUUCGCUUUCAAGUUCUCCAACCUCAUCGGUACUGUGUAUCGGAAAGGAAACGUGCUUUUCACUCCAGACGGUAACACCGUCAUUACUCCUGUGGGCAAUCGGCUGUCGCUGUUCGAUCUGAGAAACAACAAAUCAGAGACACUGCCCAUUGAAAGUAGAUAUAACUUCACAUCAGUGGCCAUCGCACCAAAUGGAUGUAUCUUAAUCGCAGUUAAUGAAACGGGGGAGGCACUUCUUUGUAGCCUGGUAAGCCGGACUGCUAUUCACAGACAGCACUUCAGAAAGCCCGUUAAUGCCGUCAAAUUCAGCCCCAAUGGAAAAUACUUCGCCGUGACCAAGGAUAAUUGCGUCUUUGUCUACCGCACACCAGGUCAUGCACGCGAGUUCAGACCGUUCGCGCUGGAGAGAGUCCUGACGACAGCUUACGACGAAACCACAUGUAUAGAUUGGUCGACAGACUCUCGCGUGCUUGCAGUCGGAAGCAAAGACAUGACUACAAAAGUAAUUUCAUUGCACCGUAUGACGAACUUCUCACUCGCAACACUUGGAAGUCACAGUGACGUCAUCAUAAAGUGUUUCUUCGAGAAAGACUCCCUCGACUUGUACACAUUGAGCAAAAAUGGCCAGCUCUGCAUUUGGGAGUGUUCGCACGACCUCUCGGACCUUAUCUCGGUGAAAGAACCCCCCAAGGUCAUAAACGUCGAGGAACUGGACGAAGAUGAGACAUCCACGAAAACUCCGGAAGAAAGUGAUCCUGCGGAGUCUAAGGUCUCAUUUCGUCGAAUAGGAAAACAUUUUAUGAAAGAUAGUCUCAAGACAGACAGCAGUAACGUGAGCUUGCUAUCAGCCGAUUAUCAUCAGGCCAGCCACCUGCUCGUUACGGGCUACUCGAACGGAUCGUUCUUGUUGCACGAGAUGCCAGACUUCAAUCUGAUCAACUCGUUGUCCAUAGCAGAUCACGACAUCUUAUCUGUGACUUUUAACUGCACGGGUGAGUGGAUCGCGCUAGCCAGUGGACGUAAAGGUCAACUCGUCGUGUGGGAAUGGCAGAGCGAAUCAUUCGUGCUCAAGCAGCAGGGCCAUAUCAACAACAUGGCGUGCUUGACUUAUUCACCAGACGGACUACUAAUUGCCACCGGAGGUGACGACGGACGGGUCAAGCUGUGGAACGUUAGCAACGGCUUUUGUUUUGUAACCUUCACCGAACACAAGUCCGGUGUCACGGCAGUUAAGUUUACGCAGAGCGGUAAAGCAGUCAUGUCGGCGUCUCUCGACGGCACCAUACGGGCUUUCGACCUCCAUCGUUACCGCAACUUCAAGACGCUCACCACGCCUCAGCCGGCGCAGUUUUCUUGCCUCGCAGUCGACCCGAGCGGAGAAGUGGUCUGUGCGGGAUCGCAAGAUACGUUCGAUAUUUUCGUCUGGUCGCUGCAGACGGGAAGGCUUUUGGAUGUGCUGGCGGGACACCAAGGCCCCGUGUCGGGAAUAACCUUCAGUCCAAACGAAGCCAUACUCGUCAGCGCAUCCUGGGACAAGACUUGUCGUGUCUGGGACGUUUUUGGCGGGAAAGGGUCCCGAGAAGCGAUAACGCUGACAGCCGACGGACUCACCGCCGUGUUCCGACCUGACGGACGCGAAUUCGCUGCCGCCACUCUAGACGGAAGCAUACUCUUUUUCAACCCUCAAACGUCAGCACAAACGGGAAGCAUCGAAGGACGUUACGACCUGACCAGCGGGCGCCGCGACACCGACCUCGUGACGGCAAAGAAACUGACGCGGACGCAGGCCUUCUCGACGCUCUGCUACACGGCCGACGGCGAGAACAUCCUUGCCGCGGGAAGGUCCAAAUUUGUUUGCAUCUACAACGUGCUCAAGCAGCUUUUGCUCAAGAAGUUCGAAAUUACCUGCAACCACUCGCUGGACGGUGUAGACGACUUUAUCAGCAGACGUAAGAUAACUGAGUUUGGAAACAUAGCGUUGGUGGAAGAGAGAGAUAACGAAGAGGAAGCAGCUCUCGCCCUACCGGGUGCCAAAAAGGGAGACAUGUCCAGCCGCUCCUUCAAACCCGAAGUGCGGGUCGCGUCGGUUGCGUUCAGUCCGACGGGUCGAGCGUGGGGAGCAGCUACGACAGAGGGGAUACUUGUCUACUCUCUCGACCACUCGUUGGUGUUCGAUCCGUACGAGCUUGAACAGGACAUCACGCCCGCUAGCAUCCGGCAGGCCCUGGAUGCCAAGGAUUACUCCAAGGCGGUGAUGACGGCGCUCAGACUCAACGAAGCGGCACUAACUACGGAGAUCGUUGAGAAAAUCCCCCUCGGCAACAUCGAGCUCCUCUGCCGUGCCCUUCCGCAGGUGUACGUGGAGAGACUGCUGGGAUUCCUCGGUGUCCAGCUGGAGUCCAGACCCCACAUUCAGUUCUACAUGACGUGGAUAACCACGUUGCUGAAGCAGCACGGUGAAAUGUUGAAGGAGAGGUCGCCGUCUGUUAUGGCGAUGUUGAGGACGCUCGUGAAGAAUAUUACGUUGAGGCAUAAGGAAUUAGCCAAGAUUUGUGAACACAACACCUACCUGAUGCGGUACAUUAUUGCGCAAAAAGAGGUAAAAGAGAAAGAGGAAGCGAGGAAGAAAAGUGAGGAAGUAUCAGGCAGUGAAGCGUCAGAUACAGACGAUGAAGAUGUUCUCAUGGCAUUGUGAACAUUCUACAUUGUGAUGUGAGCAUAGUUGUACAUAAAAGCUUAACCAAUCAUUAACAUUCAGUAAAUAAUUACCUUUUGAACUUUU